UAAAUGCCAAAUUUACAGAAAACUAGAAGUAAACAUGGCGGUUGCCAGUGACCUGCAGUGGGUCCCUGAAACCCUUUACAAUGCCGCUAUUUCUGCUGUUGUUUCUACUUAUUCAAGACACAGAAAAGAACUUCGACCUUUGCCUGAGAAUAUACAGUUCGACAUUUAUUACAAAUUGUACAAACAAGGGAGACUAUGCCAGCUUGGGAUGGAAUUCUGUGAACUGGACAUCUUUGCAAAGGUCCUACGAGUAAAUGACAAAAGACACUUUCUUCACCACUGUUUCCAAGCAUUGAUGGACCAUGGUGUCAAGGUGGCUACUGUCCUAGCAGACUCCUACGCUACCCAUGCAUCAAUAGAGGAACAAAACCGAGACAGGGUUAGUCGGACGGUUCAGCUGGGGUUUUCAUUAGGUGGUUUUCUAUCAGAAGCAGGAUGGUUCUGUAAUGCAGAGAAGGUCUAUGAGGCAUGCUUAAGGUUAUGUAAACCAGAGACGGACCAACAGAGAUUAAUACGGGCAUUUGAAUGCACAACAAGAUUAAUACAUGUCCGGAAUGCUAACUGCAAGUACAGCCAAGCUGAGGACUCUUACAACUCCGCUCAGAAACUCUUGGAGAAACUCAAAGGGAUGGGUGUGGCUGUCAACGAGGCUGCACUUCAUGGUGAGAUGUGCUCACUUCUAUUUUCCAAGAGCCAUUACGAUGAAGCGUACAGGUCAUGUCAGGCAGCCCUACGUUCCAUCUCACCCCGCCUACCUGUCCGAUGUAUUAUAGACAUUCUUCGUCAAGCAGCCAAGGCAUGUGUUGUCAAGAGAGAGUUCAAGAAGGCAGACUUGCUCAUCAAACAUGCAGUGUGUCUUGUUAGGGAACAUUUUGGUGUAAGGCAUCCUAAGUAUUCAGAUGUUCUGUUAGACUUUGGUUUUUACUUGCUCAAUGUAGACUCAAUAUGCCAAUCGACAGCAGUGUAUCAGCAAGCUUUGGAUAUACGGUUAUCAGCAUUUGGAGGUAGGAACCUCCACGUAGCAGUAGCCCAUGAAGAUCUAGCCUAUGCAUCCUAUGUGCAUCAAUACAGCUAUGGCAAGUUUGAUGACGCUAAGGAGCAUGCAGAGAAAGCCAUCAGUAUCAUCACUCAAAUCUUACCUGAAAAUCAUCUCCUAUUAGCAUCCUCAAGAAGGGUCAAAGCACUCAUACUUGAGGAGAUAGCUAUAGACUCCCAUGACAAGGACAUUGAGACCAAACUUCUCCAAGAGGCCCAUGACCUCCACCAAUCUUCACUCAAUCUUGCCAAGCAGGCCUUCGGAGAAUUCAAUGUCCAGACUGCUAAGCAUUAUGGGAAUCUUGGAAGGCUCUACCAAUCAAUGAGGAAAUUCAAGAUGGCUGAGGAGAUGCACGUUAGAGCAAUAGAAAUUAAAGAGAAACUCCUGGGUGAAGAAGACUAUGAGGUUGCACUGUCUGUGGGUCAUCUCGCCUCUCUGUAUAACUAUGAUAUGAAGCUAUAUCACCAGGCUGAGAAACUCUACCUCAGAUCAAUUGAAAUAGGCAAAAAGCUGUUUGGCUCAGGCUACAGUGGUCUGGAGUAUGACUACAGAGGAUUGAUCAGUCUCUACUACAGCACCUCUAACCAUGCUCGCAUGUUUGAGUUCCAGGAUAUACUAAACCAUUGGAACAACAUCCGUGACGGGAACAGCAGUCCUGUGGACAUCCUGGAAUACCUUGCAAACUGCAGGACAGAACUUACUACAAAGGAGAUCAUUGAUAAGUUCUUCAAAAUUGAUUAAACCUCCAGUCUUGUGGAUGUUGUCAACUGUCUUUAGUUCAUGAAAAUUUAUGGCACGACCAACAACUGUGUGUGCAUCUGUUGUACAGGACAGAACUCAUCAGUGGCAAGUGUCAGUUACAGGUUCUCUUGAAGAUUGAUUACUCUGUGGAUAUUUUUUGGAUAACUUGCCAACAGCAGCAGAGGACUUCCUGCAAAGAGGCCACUGAUCAUAUGUUUUACAUGGACUGAACAUGCAUCUUCAUUUCCUGGCCAAAACUAGGACAGGCUUCACCUGCAAAGCUAUAUAAGGCAGUUUGUGGAAUAAUCACUUUAAAGUUUUGUUGCUGGAUGUAACUUGCCACCUAGGUCCUUGAUAGAUUCUGAAGGAUUAGUUAUAUUUCUCCAGGUGGGUGUUUCAUAAAGCUGUUUUUAAGUUACGAGCAACUUUAUGAAUGACUGGCAAUCCUUUCUUAUUGGAGCUAAAUCAUCACCAAUGAAACUUGUGCACAUAGUUUACCACAAGAAAAAGAUCACCAGUCAUUCGAUUAGUCUCUCGUAACUUUAUGGAACAUCCACCGGGUGUGUGAAUGUUUGCUUAGGCGACCACUCUUGAACAGAGGUCUUUUUUAAAGGAAAUCAUUGUUAAGUUCUUUAGGGUUAAUGAACAUUCAUGUAUCCUGAAAUACCUUUGAAAGUAUGUAGUAAAGAAAGAAUGAGUUCUUGCACCCACCGAGAAGAUACUUGAUAUUUCACAUUGCGAUUUGGUUUUAUGAAUAUUGGUGAGAGACCUUUAAAAAGGUUUCAUGGAUCCGGUCUUGUCAUUCAUUCCCAUCUUAAUUAAAUAUUUCUCACACAAUGAUAUUUACCGUUCACCAUACCUCAACAGCACUGUGGAUAUCAUUAUAGCUUUCAGCAGCCUAAUAGCUAUCACCAUACAUGUAUGUACAUUCUUCAAGAUUGAUCAUACUUCAAUGCUGGAUUGAUAUCUUUGAUAAUCUGGGAGAAUUCAAACCUUCCUGAAGUUCUAUGUCAUAGUCUUCAAGAUCAAGAGAACCUUUGAUAAUUGUAAUAACUAUCUUGGCCCUGUUGUAUAAAGGUUACCACUAUCAUAACAUGCAAUAUGUGCUAGCUUCCAUGAAAUCCUGGUUUUAUUCAGUCGAGCAUCGACCCAUUAUAGUUACCAUAAGAUGGCAAAGUUGCCCUGAUACUGGUGGAAACUUUUUUAGAUCAGGUUCAUUUUAAAGACACCAUUAUUUAGAUCAAAGAUUGAAUAAUGUUCAGAGUUCAGGUAAUGUUAGUUACACAAAGUCUGUACUUGCUGUGUAUUGACACUGCUGGUGCUUCAUGUCAUGCAUAGACGCUGUAUAUGAAAAUGUGUUUGAUGUGUGUAUGAAAGGUUGAAAAGUGUUCUGUUUCUCCACAUUCAUUCCUUUCAUAAGAAUACUGCGAUGACUUCGGACACACGGUCAUCUGUCAACAACAGUGUAUAGCGGGUGCUGUGUGAUGCAUAUAGGGAAACAUGAGAUCAAACAUUCAACUUUGGCUUUCUUGAAAAUAAUGAUGGAUAUCUUUCUUAAAGAUUGGGGGUCGUAAUGAAUUCUUUUCCAGGAUAGUACUCAGAUAGAUCUUACAGGUCCAUGAUAAAGCAUUUAUUUAUUCCAAAAUUCCUUAUAAUCCCAUUUGAAUUCAUAGCCAUUAUUCCACAUGUAUAAUACAAAUUUCUUGUUAAAUGAAACGCAUACUUAAUUGGUUGUCCAUCAUUGAUAUAACUUUUUUCAGUUCCCAAUGGUUAUCAGUGCAAUUCAGAAUACAAAAUAAGAGACUUAGAAUAUAUGAAUAUGUGUGCAAUUUUGCAUUUUGGAAUUGAAGGUUGUUGAUAUGCAGUAUACCAACGCUCUCUCCUCCAAUUAUUGACUAUUCUUUUUUUUUAUGAAUGCUAUUUCUCAUCCAACCUCUCUAGAUCUGUCAUAAUAGGAGAUAAUAAAAAUAUUGCUUUUAUAUUGGACUCAUCAAAUUAAUGCAUACCAGAUUAACAGAGGUAUAUUUAAUAUAUGAUAGGCAGACAUGGACACAAUACUUUGCCACAUUUUGGCAUUAUUUCAUUAGGCUAUCAUUUACAUUCCAAUAAUAUAUUGAUUUUAUACUUACUCAACAUGACUAAAGUGUGAGACCUGAAUGUUCACUUAUGAGUAUGCAGUAGAUCUGAAGUCUUUUCUUUUAUACUUGAAAAUGAGAUCAUAAAUUAGCUUCAUUGUGUUUAUUUUAGAUCCUUCAUGAGAAGAAAAUAUCUAGAAUACUCCUCUCAAGCCAUAAAAGUUACAAUUCUAAUCUACUCAAUAACUCUCACAAUGUAUUCAGUAUUUUAUGUCAUGCUAGUUCUCCCUCUUUAUUCCCCAAAGUAGCAUUCUUGUAUUAAAUGCUGUCCUUGUUUCAUUUAUAAUACCGGUAGUUAUAUACAAUAGAUAUAUUCACUGUAUACCUGAUUUUUCAAAAACCAGAAUGCUGAAAACUGAUGAUAUUUGGAGAUUGGUUGUAGUUGAGUAAAACAUUGCUUUUUUGUUCAUGAUCGAAAAGAUUAAAAAAUGUAGAUAACAAUGGCUGAAUAUAAAGUUAAGUUUGCAUUGAAUUUGAUGUAUAUUAAUAUGCGAAAACAAACCCUUUGUGAUAGAGGCAGUGUUAUUUAUAUUGAAUGUUUCAUGAAUUAUUGUUUUGGAAAUAGGAUCUAUGAACUAGAUUGAAAUUGAGCAUUACAAAGCAUUGAAUUAUAAGAAGCAGCCAUGAACCAUUUCCUACUAUAUUGGUGUUAUCAUCCAUUCUGCAUCUUCAUCUAUAUUUAUCAACUGAAAAGUGUCAUUUCAGGUCAGAUUUUGAUUGAGUAUUGUUAAUUAUAUAAAUGUUCAGUCUUGGGAAACAAUCCAUAUGACUUCAACAAAUUAUCAUUCUGUGCCUGCCUCAAGGGCUUAUCUCCCUCUACAAGAGACUAGUUGGAGACCUAGUGGUAUCUAUGCUGAUUGUGGAAAUGUUUCUAUGUCUACUAAUCUCCCAACAGGUGUCAAAGAUAUUUUUGUGAUGUCUCCUUGAGGUCAAAUUUGUCUAGGAUUGGGGGAAAAGUCUCUUUUAGGUCUGCUGGAGGUCAUUGAGUCCCAAUAACAUUUGUCUGCCUCUACGUGGCAAUGUCUUCACAACAUUAAAGACAUUACUUUACCAAGUACAUACAGGCAUCUGAGCGCCACUAAAACUACUUAAGAUCUAAUAGUAGUAGGGGUCAUGGUGACAUUUUAUAGUCAGACACAACAGGGCAGUUUAAACAUUGUACUUCUAGAAACACAUGGUUAGGAAUUAAAAAGCAUGGGACUGUCGGUGUCUCCUGUAAAAUAAUUAAUAUUGAGUAUAAUAGAGUGAACCAUUAGCCAUUGUUAUAGAGAUAGCAGCUUCUGAUAUAUUUUAGUUUAUAUGUGAGCAUAUGAUCUGCUUAAAUAUAUAUUGAUGUACACAAUUAUGUUUUCUUUUUAUUUUCGCUGAAACCUAGAUGAGAUUUGUAAAUAAGAUAUCACUAUAAAUAUAUAUAUGUUAACUUGUUUAGAGCAUUGCAAAAAGUUGCGUGAGCUUGAGUUUUAAACCUGUACAGAGUAACAGAUGACUUGUGCGCGCUAUAUACUUGUAGGUUGGAGAGCAUGUGAUAUAUAUAACAAAUAUACAUGGAUAUGUAAAGAACAACUGAAUAU